CACCGUGGGGCCCCGCCCACUUCCGGCACGGCGGGCGGGUGGCUGCGGGAGGAGGAGGAGCCGCUGCCGCCGCCCCUGCCCCGGGCCGGCCCCGGGGCUGGCCUUGGCCGCGGCAGCCGGGCCCUGACGCCGCGCUCAGACUGAAGGCAGCAGUAAUGCUAACUCUGGCAAGCAAGCUGAAGCGGGAUGAUGGUGUCAGAGGACCCCGUACAUCCAGUCCAGCUUCUGACUCGACUCGGAGGGUGUCUGUUAGAGACAAAUUGCUUGUUAAAGAGGUUGCAGAACUUGAAGCUAAUUUACCUUGUACAUGUAAAGUGAAUUUUCCUGACCCAAACAAGCUUCAUUACUUUCAGCUAACUGUAAUCCCAGAUGAGGGCUAUUACCAAGGUGGAAAGUUUCAAUUUGAAAUUGAAGUUCCUGAUGCCUACAAUAUGGUGGUCAGAAUUUCCCUUGUUGCAGCUUGUCUAUCACCUCUUCCUUUAUCCCCGUGCACCUGUAAGAAGAGUCUGAGCCCUGUAGACCGUCCCUUUAGGGAGGUGCAGACAGCACCUCCAAAAGUAAAAUGCUUGACAAGAAUCUGGCAUCCGAACAUUACAGAGAUGGGAGAAAUCUGCUUAAGUUUAUUGAGAGAACAUUCAAUUGAUGGCACUGGCUGGGCUCCAACUAGAACAUUAAAGAGAGUCCAUUUUAAAUAUGCAGUUUCAGUAAGUGUUCUCUCAUGUGUUGUGUGAUCACUCCCUGUGAUUUUCGACACGUCAUCACAAAGCAGAAUUACUGCCCGUCGGUCCUGACUUCAGAGUUACGCCUCUGCAGAAACGUGUUGAUUGCAUCGUUGCUCUAGCAGAAAAAUAGCCUCAAAAGUCAAGCAGAAAUAGCCACUGGGGAUGUCGGGAAGCUGCGAGCUCUGUUCCCAGAGCGGUACUGUUGAAGUUUGGUGUCCAAGUGCUCAGAUUCCAGGCUACAUACAAUUCUGAGAUGGAAAACACAGAAUUGUGCUGGUUUAUCUGCAGCGUAGCCGCACAGACAAGGGAUUUGCCAUCUACAUUAAUCAUUCUGUGGUAGAUACGUGAUCACUGCACACCAGAGAAUUAUGUGGAGCUGUGUGUGAGGGUGACUGGUGGCAAACUGAAGCCAUUCAAUCCGACACAGCUUGCUUUUAUCUCUGCACCCACUAAUCCAGCCUUCCUGAAUCCUUUCCAACACUCAGGCACCGUGGCUGGGAGGACAUUGCUCAUCUCCCCAAGCUGAAUACCAUGUGAAUUUGCGCAGUAGCACUAUGGAAAAUAUCCGGUCCUGGCCAGUGGCAGAUGUGAAAGUCAGUUGUUUGUAUUCCACUCGCUGAGAAUACAAAGGCAGCCUGGUUUUGUGAAGGAAUAGUGCCCGACUUUGUCAAGUACAGUACUCUGAAAUACUGCUGAAAUGUUUUCUUGGAGAAUGGGGGGAUGUAUUGGAUUUCUACGACAAAUGCUGUCAGAUGUUACUGAUGCAGCCAUUCUAAGUGCAUUAAUAAAGCCAUUUAAAUGGAUAACAAAAACCUCAAAAGCCACAGGCACAAACCAAACCAGCUUGGCUGUAGGUUUUCUGCUACCACAUCCAUUUGUAUGUUACAUGCUUUCAGAGGACUUAAGCUUUAAAACUUUCAUAUUGUCCCAUCUUCCACGUCCUUGUGGUGGCAGCAGAGCUCUUGAAUGAAAAAUCCUUUGAAAUAAACUACUGUGACUUUGUUUUUUGUUUUUUUUUUUUUUUUACACUUCUGGUAUCAAGCACGGUGCUUUCUUCCACUUCCCAUUGCUGAACGUGUUUCCAUGGACUGCAGGGAGGUGCAGCCUGUGUGCUAGGGAAGGGGCUAAGGAAUGUGCCUGGAUUAGAUAUGUUCUAAGCAAGUUGUAAGGAAAGUUGGGUUUUAACCCUGAAGAAGAUCAUGGGUAGGUUAAUAUUUUUAAAACAAUCUAUUUUAGCACCAGUGAUGUAAUUGCAAAUAUUGUCUGUAUCCAUAGAAACACUCCUGAGCCCUAAAUUCUCAGAUAACUUCUGGUAGCAGCUUGCUCCACAGACCAGGGACUGUGUAAAAACUGAUGCAGUACUUCUUGACUGAUCUUCCCAGGUUCUUUCGCUUCUUUAGAGCCAGCAGGAGCUCACUUACCUUUCUGUCUCUGAACCAUGAGGUCCUGCAUUGUUUUACUUGCAUACUUCUCUCUAAAAUAGUGUUCAGAAAGUGGGAGGCAGCAGAAGCCACUUUAUGCCCCUGCUGGGACUAGCUGGGUAGUUUGCUUUUCUCCUCUUUUAGGUCUGAUGGUCUAAGCUGGACUUAUCAAGGUGGAAAGUGAAUAGCUGACUUUAAUUCAUUCAAUUCUCAGAUUUUUACUUUGCUAAAGCUACCAGCUUUUAAGUAGAUACCUGCUAUGAAGUAGCAGUAUUGCUCUGUCUCUGACACCCUGCUUUUUGUACCCUCAGUAGUUCCAAUUUUGGACUCGAAAGUGCUUUGGUAGCUCCUGUUAUACCCCAACAAAUAUCUCCUCGUGCCUUGUUCACCAUGGCUCUCAUCUGCCUGGUUAAGGCAGGCCCCCCGGUGCUCAUCAGCUUUCUCUCAAAUGCUUGUUUUGACUUUGCUGUGAAAUUAUCUCGGGCGAUU